ACUGUUUACGGUCUAGCAACAAAUUACAUCCAUCAAGUUCAUCGUAAACUCAAUAAUAUUGAACAUCCAGAUACAUCUCCAUACUACCUAUAUUCUGGCCCUAGAGACAAAUAUUAUGAUGAUACUACCAACACGAUUAAAUUUGCUAUACAUGUUCGAAAUACGAACUUUAAAUUACCCAAAAAUCUCAAAAUUCCAGUUGUAAUGGUAGGUCCUGGUACUGGUGUGGCUCCUUUCCGAGGAUUUGUCAUCGAAAGAGCCAAGUACAAGUCCGAAGGUGAUGUAAUUGGUGAUACAGUUUUGUUCUUUGGGUGUCGAAAACGUGACGAAGACUUUUUAUAUGCUAAAGAAUUUGAUGAGUUAUUCUCUGCCCUUGGUGAAAAUGGGAAGUUGAUCACGGCAUUCUCAAGGGAACAG